CGAAUUAUCAACAGAAAAGGGACAAUGGCGAAGGGUUUUGCUGCUUAGUGGUUGGUUAACUCUAUCAACCCCAAAUGCUAUUGAUUCCACCAUUUCCAUUCACCACCCAAAUGCUCUUCACAGAUUCCCUAUUUCUCUCUUCUUCAACUUUCUCAGGUAUUCGAAGAAAGAAUUCUGGGUGUAUUGAAAGUUUGAAUCUUUUAAGCCUCUAAAUUUCCUCCAUACAUUUACCUGCAUUUCCAAAUUUUGAAGUUUGGAUACGGUAAUAAUCAAAAUGGCCUCUUGCGUGUCAACAAUUUUUGCACCUUCUAAUACUAGAAAUACACCAAGGGUGUUUACUGUUGGAGGAAGAAAUCUGACUUGUAAUUACCCUGGGAGAGCUUGUUUCACGAAAAUGUAUGACCGCAGGAAUGGGUUUUCCGGUGGCAUCCAAAUGUCGGGUUUACUUCAAGUUAAGUGUUCAGCCAAUUCACACAGUGUCAGUCCAUAUAAUAGCCAAGGCCCUUUUCUAGAUUUACAUCCUGAGGUGUCAAUGCUUAGAGGAGAAGGGAGCAGUACAGUGAACAGCCCAAGAAAGGAUAGCUCAGGUGGGGAUUUAUCUGAAAGCCUAGGAACUACAUCUAUCCAAAGUGAUUACAAUGAAGCAAAAAUCAAAGUUAUUGGCGUUGGAGGUGGUGGGUCAAAUGCAGUCAAUCGCAUGACAGAGAGCGAAAUGCAUGGUGUGGAGUUUUGGAUUGUUAAUACUGAUGUUCAAGCCAUGAGAAUGUCGCCUGUCUAUCCGGAGAACCGUUUGCAAAUUGGUCAAGAGCUUACACGAGGUCUUGGUGCUGGUGGUAACCCUGAGACUGGAAUGAAUGCUGCGAAAGAAAGCAAAGAAUCGAUAGAAGAGGCAGUCUAUGGAGCCGAUAUGGUCUUUGUUACAGCUGGAAUGGGUGGGGGAACUGGCACAGGUGGAGCUCCAAUUAUUGCUAGUAUUGCAAAGUCAAUGGGUAUAUUGACGGUUGGUAUUGUCACCACCCCUUUCUCGUUUGAAGGGAGAAAGAGAUCUAUUCAAGCCCAAGAAGGAAUUACAGCCUUAAGAGAUAAUGUUGACACGCUUAUAGUUAUUCCAAAUGACAAGCUACUAACGGCAGUUUCUCAAUCUACCCCUGUAACUGAAGCAUUCAAUCUGGCUGAUGAUAUUCUUCGACAGGGUGUUCGUGGCAUAUCUGAUAUUAUUACAAUACCAGGGUUGGUGAAUGUAGAUUUUGCUGAUGUUCGGGCUAUAAUGGCCAAUGCAGGUUCUUCACUAAUGGGGAUAGGAACUGCAACUGGAAAAUCAAGGGCAAGAGAUGCUGCAUUAAAUGCCAUCCAGUCACCUUUACUGGAUAUUGGUAUAGAGAGGGCUACUGGAAUUGUUUGGAACAUAACUGGUGGGACUGAUCUGACCUUGUUUGAGGUAAACACGGCAGCAGAGGUUAUUUAUGACCUCGUGGACCCUACUGCUAAUUUAAUAUUUGGAGCAGUAAUAGAUCCAUCACUCAGUGGUCAAGUGAGCAUAACAUUAAUUGCUACUGGAUUCAAGCGUCAAGAGGAGAGUGAAGGGAGGCCUCUGCAGGCCAGUCAACUCACUCAAGCAGACACAACCUUCGGCACCAAUUGGCGGUCUUCCUCUUUCACUGAUGGUGGUUUGUUUGAGAUACCAGAAUUCCUAAAGAAGAGAGGAGGUUCACGCUAUCCGAGGGCGUAAUCUUUUUCAUCCUAAUUUCUUUGAUCCCUUGCAUUUCUUCACCCUUGGAUAUACAUAGCAUUGGUCUAGUUCUUAGGUCCCUGUCUUGCCCUUUUUCGGAUUUUAGUCAGAGUUGUGUAUACAGUUUGUUCAUGAAAGUUUAUUACUUCCCACUGUCCAGACUUAUGGGUCUAACCGGAGGUAUUGCAGCAUGGAUGCUUUUCUUGGCAUAUUUGAAUUAGUUUAUUAGCUUGUACAGAGAUUUCAGUAAUGCUGAGAGCUUGUUAUAGUUCUUUGGCAUGUUAUAGAAAAUUCAUUAUUAUUAUUCAUCAAGUAAUUAUAUUUUGGUAUA